AUGAUCCCCCGUUCACCCCUCCAGAGACUCCUCCGAAAUCCUCCCUGCCGUCGCUACUCGGCUGCUCCGACCCCUUCUUCACGUCUCAAUCUGCCCAUCGACUACAAAUCGACACCGCUGCUUCAUCAUACGGCAUCCUCUGUUCCUCACGCAUAUGGGCUCCCUGAGUCGACAACGUCGAAAUCACUGAAUUUCUAUCAAGCAAUCAACUCCGCUCUGCGAACCGCCCUCUCCACGUCAGAUAAGGUGCUGCUCUUCGGGGAAGAUGUAGCGUUUGGUGGUGUCUUUCGAUGCUCUAUGGAUCUACAGACGGAGUUUGGAUCGGAGAGAGUUUUCAAUACACCGUUGACAGAGCAGGGAAUUGUGGGUUUUGCAAUUGGGGCAGCAGCGGAGGGUAUGAAACCCGUUGCAGAGAUCCAAUUCGCCGAUUACGUCUUUCCGGCUUUCGAUCAGAUCGUCAAUGAAGCAGCCAAGUUCCGGUAUCGAGAAGGCGGGACAGGUGGAAAUGCUGGAGGGAUGGUCGUGAGGAUGCCGUGUGGUGCGGUUGGACAUGGUGCUUUAUAUCACACCCAGUCACCCGAAGCUCUCUUUGCCCACGUCCCUGGCGUCCAAGUGGUCAUGCCCCGGUCUCCCGCCCAAGCCAAAGGUCUCCUCCUUUCCUCCAUCUUCCAACACAAUAACCCCGUCAUCUUCAUGGAACCGAAAAUCCUCUACCGUGCCGCCGUUGAACACGUCCCCAACGAAUACUACACAAUUCCCCUUAGUAAAGCAGAGGUUCUCAAGCCCGGAAACAAUGUGACUGUCAUUUCCUAUGGCCAGCCACUCUACCUCUGCUCCGCUGCCAUUACCGCAAUCGAAAAAUCAAUUCCCGGAGUGAGCAUCGAGCUUAUCGAUCUGCGCACUAUCUACCCAUGGGAUCGUCCAACAGUUCUCGAAAGUGUGAAAAAGACAGGCCGGGCGAUUGUCGUACACGAAAGCAUGAUAAACUACGGUGUUGGCGCUGAGGUUGCGGCCACAAUCCAGGACGGGGCGUUCCUUCGAUUGGAAGCGCCGGUCAAGCGGGUUGCUGGAUGGAGUACGCACACAGGGCUGCAGUAUGAGAAGUUUAUCAUGCCCGAUGUUGCCAGGAUAUAUGAUGCCAUCAAGCAGACACUCGAAUACUGA